UAAUUAACAUUCAUUGAUAAAUAUUUCUUAUUGAUUUCGGACAUGAUUCGGAUGAACAAUAUUUAUGUUUAGUUAUCUUAGAUGUAUGCGCAACAGCUAAGAUAAUGGAAUAUUUAUAUUUGAUGAUUUAGAUUCAUUGAUCGUUUGAAAUGUGCGCGUCAAAAUGAUCAGUAUUAGAUCAAACCUAAAUGUGAAAAUCAACAACGAAAAAUUUACAAAAAAAAAAUCAAUUCGAUUCGAAUAAAGCAGAAGACAACAAGGAAGAAAUAAAUUAUCGAAGGAAACUCUCCUUCUAUAGGAGAGAUGUUUCCGAGGAAGAACCAAUCGAAAUUAUCGGUCAAUGUUCAUGGCAUACGAUGACAUCUAUGAUCACAAUGGAUGAAUUUUAUUUACGAUUAUGAUGACCACUGGUCAUUGACCAAAAGUUUUGACCAAUCAAAGAUUAACCAAUUGUUUAUCAUCCUGCACGAUCGAUCGAAUUAACAGAAUGUUGUUUACUAAAUCGAAUUCUUGUUUACCAACUAUGGAUGAAUUCGGACAGAAAUGUUUAUUUAUGUUUAUUUGGACAUUUUUCGGAUUUGUUUAUUUCUUUGUAUUGUAUUUAUCCAUAAGCAUACACAUUUGUUCUCGCCUAGAUCAUUUCAAUCGUUAUCUUCAACAAUUCUCGUUUCGUCUGAUUCCGAUCGUUAUCAACAAUUCCUGAUUCAUUCGAACAUUAUCAUGUCUGAUUCACAUCGUCACCAUUUAUCAACACACCAUCAUCGAUCAUCAUACAGCAUCUCGUCAUCGUGAACCAUCUCAUCGACCACCAUCACAUUCACCUUCUCCAUCACCUCGGUCUACUCAGUCAUUAUCCGGUUCGAAACGUAUAUCAAUGCAUGUCCGCGAACAUUAUCCAUCAUUUCACAUUUCUUCAUCAAGUUAUGAACUUCGAAUUGUGAAUAGAGAUACGCCGGCUGAGAUUAUUGACGAAAUGAUAAUCCAUGUGAAGCGAGUGAAACAAUAUUCGAUUGAUACGGAAUCGGAAAUGACAAAUAAUGAAUUAUCGUUAAUUCAGAUCAAUUCAAUGCCAGGUGAAUCGAAAUCGAUAGUGAUGUUAAUUGAAUUGAAAAACUUACCAAGCCAACACUCAACGAAGUUGGACAAUGAGAUUUACGGAUGGGGAAACAUUCGUAGAGAACUCGAACUGGAAUCAAAGAUAAUUAGUCGACCAAUUCUUGCAAAGUUAAUCGACAUACAACCACAUUUCUCAACAUGGUAUAAUGGGACACGGACCCAGUGCUGGGUCCAGAGCCCGUCGUAUCGAAUCAACAUUACCAAGGAUGGAACUAGAACUAUGCAACAACUCAAUCAAGAUUCUUCCUGUCGUUGUCAUUCACCAUCACCAUACAAACCCAAUGAACUAUGGUCACUUCAGAACGCACUGAAGUAUGCAUAUUAUCGUAUACGGAUCAAAGGAAAAUGGUCAAAUACGCGGUACACGAUGUUUUGGCCGUAA